AUGACUCGACCUGCUCAACGUAUCACUAAUCCUAAAGCCAUUCGUACUUCAUUUGUGGCACCUCAAGAUAGAAUUAUUGAACUUGCUCGAGGUUGGCAGCACGUACCUGUGGAUGCGAUUCAGAUUACACAAGACUUGGAAGUGACACCCACCAUGAAGACCUUACAACUUCAAUUUUAUCGUACAUCACAGCAACAAGCAAAAGAAGGACACCAAGUCGUGACUGCCAACUUGAAUCAAGAAGAACAAGAAGCCUAUUCGCUGUUUACAAAGUUGGUAGAAGAACAUGAUAUUCCUAAAGAAUAUCAUUUUGAACUAGCCAACAGGAUUCGUAUUGCUAAAUACAUUGAUCAACCAAGCAAACGAAAACAGUUGUUAGGCAUUCGUAUUUUAGCUAUUGCUGUGAUGUCUCAUUCUGUCUCGGAAACGACUGCGCAAAACAAAGUGUUUCUAUAUGAGCCUUAUUUGAUUCCACAACUGGCUGAAUUGAUAUCCCCAGAAAAGCAAGUCGAUAGGCAUCUUCAAACAUAUACUCUGUUUGCUUUAGAUGGUAUCGCAAGACAUAGAAAUAAACUGACAGAAGUAGUCACAGCCAUCAAUGCUUCUGCUAAUCAUGGUCCUGUCAUGCAAAUCCUAAGAAAGAUCAAUGCGAAUGAGGUACUUCCUUACUCUUUUGUAGAUGCCUUGUUUGUCUUGCUUUCUUAUAUACUGCCUACACAACCCGGUGGCCAAAUGAUGAUGUCUGCUGGUAUUAUUCCCAUUCUGGUACAAAUCACUGGCAACUAUGAAUAUCCUCAACUGAAAGGCAUUGCUAAAGUCGUUGGGCUUUUGGAUAUCAUUGUCACUUCAUUUUCUACUUCAUUUUCUGCUUUCUGUAAUGUUCAUGGUUUAGAUACUCUAUUAGACCGUAUUAAGGCUGAAGUAGAAGCAAGUAUUCAGUCAACCAAUGUGUUUGGACCUCAUGAAAGACUUGCCAUGACCAAAGCCAUGCUUAAAUUCCUAUAUCGUAUGAUGGAGUCCUCAGGCACAACAGACGGUCUUCGUAACCUGAUUGAUUCUUCCCUUCCUCAUUCACUUAAAUCCAUUAUGGAGCAUCCCAAACUGUUUGGCAACAGUAUCUUUGCCUUGGCUACCAAUGUUAAUACGACAUUUAUUCACAAUGAACCCACCUCAUUAACUAUUUUACAAGAAGCUAAAUUACCUCAAACAUUUUUGCAUACCAUUGCUUCUUUUGAAUCCCCAAGCCCAGAGAUUUUGUUGGCUGCUGUCAAUGCAUUUGGUGCUCUCUGUCUGAAUGCUCAAGGACUGGACAUGUUUAAUAAGGAAAACCCUUUACCUCACUUUUUUGAAUUGUUGAGUUCAGACGACUUUUUAAGAAACCCCUUGGAUGUCGACAGUGCUACCGGCCUCGGUUCCUCCAUAGACGAGUUGAUCCGCCAUCAUCCUUCCCUCAAGACUUCUGUCUUUCAGUGCGUGACUCGCUUGAUUGAGAAAGUCUUGGAAGAAGGCAACAAGCUCGACGGUGCUGGCAAACCCAGUGAUGAUGGUCACAGACUACAGACACGGUCAAGCCAGCCGGUUGAACCUGACGACGACAAGCAAGAUAAAGUGGAAUGUUUGAUUGUGUCGUUCAUUGACCUUGUCGCUCGGUUCUUGGAAGGUUUGUUUCAAAAUCAAGCCAACAUCAAGGCAUUCGUGGAAGAAGGUUGCCCUGAAAAACUUUUGGAAUAUUACAGUUUGCCGAUCUUGCCUGCUAAUUUCUCAGUGACGAUUGCUUCUGAUUCUCUGUCAUAUUUGUUUCGAAUGAUCAGUGAAGCCAGUCCUUUGCCUACUUUGCUUGCGAUUGCUGCUAAAGUCAAAGAAUUGCUUUGUGUUGUUCAGGAAGAUACACAGGAUUACCAUCAGAGUCGACUGAAUGAAUUUAUCGAUGUGGAUCAAAGCGAGACAGACAAGAUUGAACGCGGUAACAAGAAACUUCGACAAAUGAUUCAGUUGCACGGGUAUGUGGGUUUGUUGUCCAAUAUCUGUGGUUCUUCUAUAUUGUCGCACGGUAAAAACGGUGCUUCUUUGAUCACUGAAUUUUUAUCUGAGCCUAGAGAAGACAAUUUCAUUCGUUCGUUGGGUCAGUUACACCGAACCAUAGUUUGGGAGAACAUCUUGUUCAAAGAAGCGUUGCCUUCUGACUGGUAUCAUGCCAAAUCUCUCUCUGGAUCCAAUGCUGCUUCCAAAAAGGGAGCCAGCAGUACAUCUGAACAUCCCUUGGGUAUCCAUAGUACCAGUAGUGUAGAGGACAAGCCAGACGAAGAAAAGGACAAGAGCAGUGAAGACCAAGUGCCUCCUGCCAAAGACCCUCGUAUGAUGAACAUCAAGCACUUCAAGAUUCUGUUGACCGAAAUUGCUCAAUUGGUGAUGCCCAUGUUUCAAUGCUUGAUCAAGAUCUCUGUCAGUCGUCGUUCAGGAGGCGCCUUGGCCAAGUCUCAAACCCUCAAGUUUGCUGAAUACAUUUCGGAUGUUCUCCAUGACAACAUGACCUGGCCUCCUAUCACCAAGUCGGAUGCCCCUGUUUGUAGAUACGAUUACCUAACUUCUGUUUAUACCAUGGCUUCACUCUUGUUAAAGGAUGAACGUACUCAGUCUUCAAUUCAGGCACCUUUGGCGAUUGCGUUUGAAAAGCAAGGCAAUGUGGACCUUUUGUUAGAACAGUUGGAUCAGAUGUGGCGUACAGCAUUAGGCAUCUAUCCUGAUAAAGAAAACCACAAAGACACACUGGAACGUAUCAACCAGGCCAUCGAAAGUCUACUGAACGUCUUGCUUCAUAUCAGUUCACCUAAAGCACUCCGUGACUCUGCCUAUACAAGCACACUCACGCAAAAGGACAAAAAAGCAGACGAUUACUUUGAACCUUAUGAAUGGAUCGUUGCGCUUGAACUCAAGUUGAUCCCACUCAAGGAGUACGUGACAUGUUCUCAACUUCACUUGUUCUCAAAGGGCGUGGGUCAAACCUUGAUUAAGAUCUUUGAGCAGAUCAUGAAGGGCGAAGGUGGAUUUCUGGAAUCUUCACCUUCUAAUGCACGUAGUCAUGAUCCUUUUGGUAGUUACACGGCUCCUUUGAUCUCUUCUCCUUUUAAUUUGUUGCGUACGCCUGUGGCUACUGAACGUAAUAUUCAGACCUUGGUGGAUAUGGGAUUCAUGCGUGCAUCUGCUGAACAGGCGUUGAUACGUUGUAAUAAUCAAGUAUCGCGUGCUGUGGAUUAUUUGUUCAGCCAUCCUACAGCUGUCUUUAAUGAACACACAUCCAACACACCUGCUGAAUCAAACAACCAAGAAGAACAAGAAGAAACCGAUGACAAUCACCAGGAAGAAGAAGAUCAACAUGAUACAAGCGAUGAUAAUCAUACUGAAGAUGGUCAUCAGAGUGAAGAAGACAUUGAUGAAGAUCUUGAAGAGGAACGUAGAGGAGUGGGAGAUGUGAUUGAAAGCUUUGUUGAGUCCUUAAACAACCAAUACAACAAUGAAGCCAACUUGCUUCGGUUAUCUGAUUCAAACGAUCUACUUGAUGCUGGUGAAGGUAGUUCCAACAGUGCACCUUCUGACAAUGCUGAAAAGUUGAAAGUAACACGCCAAGAAUUAUGUGAAUUGUUGCCUUCUUUUUUGAUUGCUUUGGCUGAUCAACGUGAGGACCUUGUGUUUGAUAUUCGCGAUUUACUUGUGAUCUUGGGCAAAUUUGAAGGGGAUGCAACAGAAGAAAACAAGGUGUCAUGCAAGAUCAUUUCUUAUCUGAUCGAUCAGAUUGCUGCUAUUCGUCAAGAUAAAGAAAAGUCUGUCUUGCUCAGCAGUCGUCUUCGUCUGUUGGCUCUGUUACUGCGCGAAGCACCUAUGCAACAAGCCAUGGGUCAAUUAUCAGACCGAUUUUCAUUCUUGUUUGAUAUGUUGCAGUUCUCAGAUACAGACGAAUCAUUACCUGCUUGGUCUGCCACCACCUUUUUGGUCUUGGAAGCAUUGAUCGCACAGGCAGAUGAACCCAAGAAGGUGAAAUUGACAACACCCAAGAAUACCCAUAGUAUCUUUUCGGUUAAAUCAUCAGACGAAGACGAAGAAGGGGAAAGAGGUAGUCAGCACGAUGACCCUAUGGAAGAUGUGACUAAGACAACUACUCAAGUGUCCUCUCAACAGCGCGAAAAGUUGCUUCAAUGCUGUGUCUCUUUGCUCCGCAAGACCAACUUGACACGCGAUGAUAUUUAUGCUAUUUUGCGUAUGAUUGUGCGUUUGACCAAGAACCAUGAAGCUGCCUUGUACUUUGUUCAGAUUGGCGGUGUUCCUUUGUUGUUUACUAAACCUCGUUUAAGUCUGGAAGGCUUACAAGGUCAACAAGCGUUUAUUAUCUUGAUCUUACGCCAUAUCGUAGAGAGCAUGACAGUACUCAAGAGUACGAUGAAGGACAUCAUCAACAAUUGGUUCAUAAAUCCUCGUCCUCGUAACACAGACAUCAGUGCCUUUGUCCGUAGUAAUGCGCAUGUGGCUCUUCGUCAUCCUGAUGCAUUUGUACAGGUUGCUACGGAUGUAUGUCGUUUGGCUCGUUUUGAUGAAUUUGAAAUCAAUCGUCAGAUCAAGCUCAAGAAACAAGAAGGCGAAAAGCCAAGCGAAGAAGAACCUCCUGUCAAGCAAAGCUCUUCAUCCGAGACCGUGGUGUAUUAUCUCUUGAACGAAAUCAUGACAGCCCGUACAGAAGUCACUGCUUUAGCUGCUAAAAAGGAACCUUUGACCGAAGAAGAAAAGAAGCAAGAAAACAUCAAGUUUGUCUAUACUGGAUUCUUACUACAAUGCCUUGUCGAACUGAUCUCUUCCUAUCCUUCAUGCAAGUACGACAUCUUCAAUUUCUGUAAAAAGCAGAAUGGACAGCGUACCACGACUUUGGAUGGCAAGCAUCGUUCGUUUGUGUCGAUGUUGAUCAAUGAUUUAUUGCCUUACAAUCAUUUGAAUCCUACAUCAGAGGAAUCGCGUAAGCAACAAGGCUUGUCUACUUGGACCAUUUCUACACUUGUGGCCAUGUCUUAUGAUGCUUCUUCUACUACUGAAUUAACCCCGCAACAAAAGAACGAACUGAUCCAAGUACGCAAAUAUGUCUUGGAAGCCAUUAUUCGAUCACUCAAAGAGGCUGUGGCUUCAUCUGAUACAGCUUCUGUCAAAUACUCCAAGUACCUUGCCCUAUCUGAUCUUUGCUAUCGUAUCUUGAAUGCUCGUCCCAACGUAGGUUCCUCUUUGGCUCGUUCUUUAAGCAACGCAAACCAAAAUAACAAUACUAAAGAAGAUGUGGUCCUCAGUAACUCUAAAAUCAUGUUGGAUAAGAACUUUGUGUCUGUGUUGACUUCAGCUAUCAGUGAUGUGGAUAUCAAUUAUCCUCAUUCAAAGACCAUUUUGAAUGCCAUGUUGAGACCUUUGGAGCAAUUGACCAAGUUGGCUAUCAAGACAGAGGCAGAUGAAGGAGAGGAAGAUAAGAUGGAUACAGCAGAAGAAGAAGCUAUGCAUGUGCCUAAUGCGCCUGCUACAGAAGGAGACGAAGCACCUGACUUGUAUCGUAACUCUGCUUUGGGUAUGUUUGAUGCUGGUAGUGCGAUUGAUGAAGAUGAAUAUUCCAGUGGUGAAUACAGUGAUAUGUUUGGAUCUUCUGUUGAAGGCGAAGAAGAUUUUGAAGAAGAAAGUGGAAGUGAUUUAUCUGACAUGGACGAAGAAGAUGAAGAGGAUGGGCCUGUUGAAGAAAUGGAAGCCAUUAUUCAUGGUGGUGAAUACGAUUCGGAUGAGAUGGACGAAGAUCAAGAUGACUCAGACGAUAUUGAUGCUGAAGCACAAUUGAUUGACGACGAUGAGGAGGAAGACGGAAGUCGAGAGAUGACUUGGCAUUUGGAAGACAUUGAAGAGGAACCUGGCAUUGUCCAUGCUGAAGCCGUCAUUGAUACUGGAGAUGAUCGUGAUGAUCAAAACCAUAUGCGACACUUGUCUGAUCAUUAUGAAGAGGAGGAUGAAAUGGACGCCUUGUCUGAUUUCGAUGAUGCUUCUGAAAACUUGGAUGCUGAUUCUGACAAUGAUAUUACAGAUGGUGUCUUGCUUGAUGCUGAAGAUUUAGAUACACCCUUUUUGCCUACUGAUUUACAGGACGAUUUAGUCAUGGAAGAAGAUGAAAUUGAAAGAUCGCGUUCGAUUGUUCCACCUGGGUUCAGAAGACGCUUCCCUAAUGUGAGAAGAUCUUUGCUUGAAGGAGUCGGAAGCUCGUUUAGAGGUCAAGGCAGUACUCAUGGUCAAGAAGACAUCAUUACUCACCCUCUUUUGUCCAACAAUGCUAAUGGACAAUCUGGUACUGGCAAUGCAGCUCGCAGUAUGCUUGAUGACACCUUUUCUCAUCGUCCUUCUCGAGUCUCUAAUUUAAGCAACUGGCAAGGCUUUGAAAACAUGAUGGGCGGUAAUGCAGUUCGUAUGCUUGAAGAUCUUUUGAGUAACACUGUCUCUCUCAAUCAACCAGGUCCUUUACGGAUGGAUUUAGAACAUGGUCCUGGCGGUGUUAUGCGUACAAUUGAAAUCGAUCGUCUCCCUCAUGUAGGCACAAUCCACAGCCACCAAAGCAUCAGCGCCAACAACAACGCCAAUGCUCAAGAAAGUCUGGCCAUUUUACAUGACUUCCAACCCAUGUCUUCAGGUGAACGAUGGAACCAAGAAGCUCGUAUGAUGUAUGGCACCAAUCUGAGUGAAAAAGCAUUGAACCUUGUGAACGAAAUCCUCAAUACUCUUGUGCCCAUUGCUAUUGAAGAUGACAAGAAAGCUCGUGAAGAAGAGAAGAAGAAACGUCAAGAACAAAGACGCAAAGAGGAAGAAGAGCGUCGUAAGACUGAAGAAGAAAAAUGGCGCUUGGAAAAAGAAGCCAAGAAGGCUGCUGCUGAAGCUGCUGCCGCUACAGCCACUGAAGAACAAGGAUCUACUGCAGAAAACGCUCAACAAGACGAAAACGCUGAAAGUACAACAGAUGCACAGCCAGCUGCAGAAGAAGCGACUGAGCGCACUACCAUUGAAAUCCAUGGUCAGCCUAUUGACAUCUCCGGUACCGGUAUUGAUGUAGAAUUCUUGGAGGCAUUGCCUGAUGAAUUAAGAGAAGAAGUGGUCAACCAGCAUUUGCGCAACAGACCUGCGCCUGCUCAGACUGCUGAGGACAACUCCAUUAGUCCUGAAUUUUUAGAUGCCUUACCACCAGAAAUCCGUGAAGAGGUCUUGCAACAAGAAGCUAUUGAGCGCGAAAGACGUGAAAGACAGAGCAGACAAGUGCCUACCAACACACCGGCUUCAGCAAAUAAUACUCCAUCCACUUUAGAUCCUGUUUCUUCUCGUAGAAGACCUGCGGCCGCUGAAGACGAUGCUCAAGCAUCCGGCUCUGCCAAGAAGAAAGCCAAGGCUCGUCGCACGGAUGGUGCAGCUCAGCUUGUUGAAAAGUCUCAAUUGAGUACUCUUGUUCGCUUGUUGUUUGUCCCACAAACUAUCUCCAAAUCCUUAUUGAAUCGAUUAUUGUUGAACUUGUGCGAGAACAGCAAGACUCGCUGCGACCUUCUCUCUUACCUUGUCUGUGUGCUUUAUGAUGGUAACAACGACCUUGCUUCUGUCGAUAAUAGUUUUGCACUCCUUACUUCUGGUAAACACGCCGGCAAGGUAUCGCAACCCAAAACAUCCAGCAAAACUACAGGCACAGCCACUGAGAAUGUGCCUAACUUUAUUACUCAGCGUUGUUUAGAAGUCUUGACUUAUAUUGUCUCUUGCAAUGAACAAUCCAUGGCUUACUUUUUGACUGAAAGUGAAUCUUUGAUUGGCUUGAAGCGACCCUCAGGCAGUAAAAAGGGUAAGAGCAAAGAAAAAGUCUCCAACAGCUGGAACAAGUAUCCCAUCUUAAUCUUGAUGAGUUUACUUGAUCGCGCUGUAUUCAUUGAUAACUCUACUUUGAUGGAACAAUUGAUGGACUUGCUCUCUACCAUGUGUCGUCCCUUCCCUAUCCUUGUCAAGAAAUACCAAGAAAAGGUUGAAAACAAGCAAAAGGAUCCUGCCUUAUCUGAAAGACCCAUGCCAAAGCCUCCAACGAUCCCUGAUUAUUAUCUUAAGUUAGUUGUUCAUGUGCUUACCAACGGUGAAUGCUCUAGUAGGACAUUCCAAUAUACUUUGAAUGCUAUUUCUCACUUGUCUUCCUUGGAUGGUGCUCAACAGACAAUUGUCAAUGAACUUGUGGAAGAUGCUAAACAAUCUAGUACUCAAAUUCAAAAAGAUCUUGAAACCUUGUUGGAUGUGUUGGAUACAACUAUGCCUGGUACAGAAAUUAGUAGUACUGUGCUUGCUCCGUUCUCUGCCGCCACUUCUCAUCAAGCUAAAGUGUUGCGUGUGCUCAAGACAUUGGAUUACAUGUUCCUUCGUAAAUCUUUUCAUCCAAACGAGUCAAAUGAAGAAUCUGAGCAGAUCAAGAAUGAAAAGCGUGUGCUUCAAAUCUAUCAAGAUCUCAACUUCUUGUCUUUGUGGCAAACACUUGGCAAAUGCUUGUCUAUGAUUCAUGAAAAGGAAGAACUGAUUAAUGUGGCUACUGUCUUGCUUCCAUUGAUUGAAUCCUUUAUGGUUGUCUCUAAAUGUGCUGCUGAAAAGGGACAAAAUAGCUUGACUGAAAAGACGACUACACCUGCUAUUGAGCAACAGUUGAAUCUGUCCACUGCUUCACCUGAAUCUUUCUUCUUUGCCUUUACUGAAAAACACAAGAAGGUCUUGAACAUCAUGGUCCGUAACAACCCAACAUUGAUGAGUGGCUCUUUUGCCCUGUUGGUCCGUAAUCCCAAGAUGCUCGAGUUUGACAACAAGCGUAAUUAUUUUGUUCAACAACUGCAUAAGCGUACUACACCUCGCGAAAACUUUCCCAUGUUACAACUCAAUGUGCGUCGUCAAUAUGUAUUUGAAGACUCUUAUCAUCAGCUUCAGGGCCGUACAGGUGAAGAAAUCAAGAAUGGCAAAUUGGGUGUUCGUUUUUGUAAUGAAGAAGGUCUAGAUGUAGGAGGUGUUACUCGUGAAUGGUUCUCUGUCUUGGCUAGACAGAUGUUUGAUCCCAACUAUGCUUUGUUUAUCACCUCAGCUGCUGACAAACUUACUUACCAACCCAAUCGCGAUUCUGCUGUCAAUCCUGAUCACUUGAGUUUCUUCAAAUUUGUUGGCCGUGUGAUUGGUAAGGCUAUUUAUGAUGGUCGUCUUUUAGAUGCCUAUUUCACUCGAUCUUUCUACAAACAUAUUUUGGGCCGUACCGUGGAUUAUCGUGAUGUAGAAGCUUUAGAUCCUGAAUAUUACAAGAGUCUUGUUUGGAUGCUCGAAAAUGAUAUUACUGAUGUCAUUGAUUUGACGUUUAGUAUUGAAACCGACUUUUUUGGUACUAAAGAAACUGUAGACUUGAAGCCCAACGGUAGAAAUAUCCCUGUUACUGAGGCCAACAAGCAUGAAUAUGUUGCACUUGUCACUGAACAGAAAUUAACGACAGCCAUUAAGGAUCAGAUCAAUGCCUUUUUACAAGGCUUCCAUGAUAUUAUCCCUGCCUCUUUGAUUCAAAUAUUCAAUGAGCAAGAACUCGAAUUAUUGAUUUCUGGUUUACCCGAUAUUGACAUUGAUGAUUGGAAGAACAACACCGAAUACCGAAACUAUACUCCUUCUUCCACUUGCAUUCAAUGGUUCUGGCGUGCUGUUAGAAGUUUUGACCAAGAAGAACGUGCUAAACUGUUACAAUUUGCCACUGGUACUUCCAAAGUACCUUUGGAAGGCUUUAGUCAGCUUCAAGGCUCAGGUGGCGUUCAAAAGUUCCAGAUUCAUAAAGACUUUGGUGGAGAAAGCCGUCUUCCUUCUGCCCACACAUGUUUCAACCAGAUAGAUUUACCUCAAUACAAUUCUUAUGAAAGCUUACGAACUAAUCUUUUUAAGGCCAUCAGUGAAUGCUCCACUGGUUUUGCCUUUGCAUAA